AUGGAACUGAGGGAGAAGAGACUACUAAACUUCUUUUGCGAUGAUUGUCAAGAAGGCUCUAAAUUACUUCAUGAGAUUCCUGAUUUAAUUGCUAAAAUUGAUGAUCUCCAGGAAGAGAUUAUGAUAACUAAAGAAAAUACCAUCAACGAGAUCCAUGAGAGGCAAAGACGAGCUAACAAUAGCAUAAUGUUCAAUGUUCCUGAAGCUUCUCGGCAAAAAACUGAUUUUGAUACUGUAAAAGAAAUUGUCAGUGAGAUUUUUCAAGAUCUGUCUAUAGUUAAAACUAUUAGAGUUGGAAAGAAGAACAAAAACGGAAAUCGACUGUUAAAAGUGGCGCUACGCAAUUCUGAUGAUGCAUUAUCAAUUGCGAAAAAUAAAAAAAAAAUGAAAAAGGAAAGUUUUUUAGAGGUCGAUUUAACUAUUGUACAAAUAUACAACACUAAGCAGCUUAGGGAAUAA